AUGGCUUCCAACUCUGACAACAUUAUUCCAUUGGCCGCUGCUUUCGAGAUGAACGAGGCCAAGCGAGUUCCUAUUCUAGACCCACCGUAUGAGGCGAAAAAAGGGCCAUCUGGAAAUCUCAGUAUUCGUGGGGAAGAACUUAUCCUUGCAUUUCGCCCUUCAUAUCGUUUUCCUUUUCUGAAAGAUCCUAAGAGGGCUUUCAGGUCUGCCCCGCCCAAUCCGAAUGCUGGUGAUGGAGCUUAUUUGAAAUGGCUCGACAAGGUGGAAGCUAGCAAGUCUGGGCAUUGGAAAGUCACUGGGAUUUUCGACCUCAUUCAGUUGUCGAGGUCGCCGAUUUCUUAUAAUCCUGCCAUGCUUUUGAGCUCCCUUUUCUUUUGGGAAAGGUCUACUAAUAGCUUCCAUGUUCCCUUUGGCAUGAUCACGCCCACUCUUCUUGAUGUUGCUGCCAUUACUGGCCUUUGGGUUGUGGGUGAUGAUUAUCAUUCCUCUGCUGCCCCCACUAAUCCUAUCGCCAUUUCGACAGACAAUGUGGCUUUCAGUAAAUUCAUUAAAGAUCACUACGUCGAAGACGGUGAAGUGUCUGACGCUGAGCAUGUCGCGUUUCUCCUGUAUUGGCUUUCUGCCUAUGUGUUCUGCACCAAGUCUUUGAGGAUUCCGGCCAAACUUCUUCCUUUGGCCAACCUGUUGCAUGAGGGUCGCAAAAUCGCUAUGGCCAGACUCGUACUUGGUAAUCUUUAUCAGAUGAUCAAUGAGGCGAUAGCUGAUAUUCGAGAUCCUAAGGUUAUGUCUUUGAAUGCAGCCGGUCCACUAUGGUUGCUUCAGCUCUGGAUGAAUGCGGUCUUCGAAUCGUUUCUUCCAGCUAAGGAACUUCCCUCCGUGGUAUCCAACACUAGGAUCGAUGCUCACCGGCUUGAGCCCCUAACUCCUCCCUACGAUGCUUCCACUUUUGAAGUUGAUUUCAAAAAAUAUUUCACCAUGUUUUUUGAACUAAAACGUUUCCGUUCUGGCUUUGCACCGUAUAGCAAACCUUGUUAUGGCCCUCGGUGGCUAAGGGAUUCUUACCCCAACCUUCCUGGCUCAGAGGACCUCUCUAUGCACCAAAUCGAACUCUGGCAGACCAUAUUGUCCCCCAGGGUGUUGACUAUCAACUUUGCCAGCAAUGACUUCACUCUGUGCGGCUAUAAUCCUCAACUUGUUUCUCGACAGUUUGGGCUGAGUCAAGAUUUGGCCAACACAUUGUUCGACCAAUCUCUUGUUCUUUAUCCCGGCGCCAUCACUAGACGUAGUGCCUUCGACACUACCAUUAACUUCUACAAUGAGGAGCUGAUUGGCCUUAGCCCUUUCAAUUUUGCUUCAUCUUUUUAUGUCACCAAGGCAUUUAAAGCUUGGUGGUCUACUUAUUGGAGCGACAUUUCGAUGCCGAUUGAAGAUUCUGAGCCAAUUCCUCGACCAACUUCUCAAGCCUCUCCCCGAGUGACUCCUACUACAAUCGAAGUUGAAGAUGAUGAUGAUGAUGUUAGCCUUGCCGAUAAGCUCAAGGUUCCUAAGAAAAGGAUCAAAGGUGCUGGUGGGUCUGCUGUGAGCAACCCUUCUCCGGCCAGGUCGACUAGCCAGCGUGAAGAGAUUCAGCAAGGUGAUGAUCAAGGUGGUGAUCAGCAAGCUUCCAGCCCUCCUCUUCAAGACACUACACCUAUUCCUGUUGAGAUGGCUUCGACCAAGAAGACCUCCAGGAAGAAGUCUAGUCGUAAGUCUGGUAGCUCCUCUUCUCGCCAUUCCAAAAGUUCCACAAGUUCCAGUCCUCUCAAAGAGCCUGCUCCUAAAGCAGAUGCUCUCGUCGAGUUUCAGACUUUCUUGGUUGAUCUCUUGGCCACGCUUGACAAGGUCACUUCCGUGGAGCAGCUCAUUAAGACUAAGAAAGCACAAGUGGCUUCUAACACCAAUGGGCUCUUGCCUGCAAAAGAUGAAAUUCUCAAGCUGACUGCUAGGAAAACUCUUAUAGCGGCUGAGUUGUCAGGUGUUGAUGCUCGACUGGAUGAGCUUCAGAGAGAAAUGGCAAGACUCGAGAAGGAGAAAGCAAGGUUGGUCGAGGAAGGUCCAGUUGUGAACUCCCGGCUGAACACUCUAGCUGCUGAGUGCGCAAAUGUGAUGUUGUCGACAUCUCAACUCUCCAAGGAGGUUGUGGCGGAGCAGGGUGUAAAGCAAAGCUUGGAUUCCAGGAUCGCUGCUGCCAGGGUUCAACUUGAAGCUUUCAAGUCGAGGAUUUAG